CCUCAGUCCCUCGCAGGACCCUAACACCCCUCCCCCAACUCUUCUCAAACCCUCUUCGCCAUGGGCAAUGCCAAUUGUGUCCCCCAGGCUCCCGCACGUUUCCGAGCCUCCUUCUCCAGGAAAUCCUCGCUGAAAGGAAAAAAAGAGGACAGCAUAAGGCGUCGAGGGGAACUGUUUGGAAGCGAGAGCGGCCCAGAUGGGGACACCAAGGCUACCGACAAGAUUCUUUAUUACAUUCCAGGGACGGACAUUCCGGGCCCAGAAAGUCGCAAAGAAAAUAUAGACCAGCCCAUCCUCAGUGUGUUCAAGAAGGGCCGGCACAAAAUGCCUGUGAGGAACCUCGGGGAGAUUGUCCAUUAUGCCAAGGUCAAGUUCAAGUUCCAGAACUGCCCGGACAUCAAGGAUUGUUACCUGGAGUUGUUCCCCUCAUAUCUGUACUUCCAGGCUCAUGACUCCAGCGGCCUCACCUACCAGGGGCUGCUGCCGCUGUCUAUGCUGAACAUCUCUAGGCUAGAGAUAGAAGGAGAGCAUGCCUUCCAGAUCACAGCCCCCCUGCCUUCUCCUCUUCUGGUAUUCUGUCCCAGCGAGGCUGAGCUCCGUUGUUGGCUUUAUCACCUGGAGAAGCAGAUGGCCCUUGUUAACGGACCCCAGUGCCCAUCUCCUCAGUUCCAGGGUCCUCUAGGGGAGAACCGUCUCUGCCCUCUCCUGUGGGCCCUCCAGCACUACCCAGUUCAUCACUGGGAAGGAACCAGCCGAGAGUCUCUGGGAGAUGUAGUCUGUGCCUCCCGAGUGAAAAUGCAGCAUCUACCCUCCCAGGAGCAGCAUGACCGGAUUCUAGUACUCUACUCAUCUACACUGGUCAUCCUGUCAGAGGACUCUGAUGGAUUGAGCUUUAAGGGGGAACUUCCACUCAACGCCGUCCAGCUCAACUUUGAGGAGAGUGAGAAACAGAUCCGGUCCUUCCUGAUAGAGGGCCGCCUCAUCAAUACCAUCCGAGUAUUUUGUGCCAGCUAUGAGGACUACCAAGACUGGCUGCUUUGUUUUCGAGCUGUCCGCCUCAGAAGAGGGGGCUCCUCUACCCGCUCAGGCUCUGAGGGCUUCCAGGGGCCACGGCCACCCCUUCCAGCACAGUUCUCAGUCAGCGGGCGAGCAUCCCUUACCUCUGAUGGACGGACCAACUCCUGGGCAUCCACAGGGGCCCCAUCCACUUCCUCCCACACCAGCAACUCCCUCCCUGACCACCCCAUGCUGCCCGACAGCUGCCCUGUGGGAGCUGCCAGCACCCCCCAGAGGGACCAUGGCCAGGCCAACCCCAGCAGCUCCAGCUUGGGAAGGCGUCGGGCAGAACUGAGACGCAGGGGCAGUGGCCGCUCAGCCAAGGGAAAAGGCACCGGGCAGCCCAAAGGAGAGGAGUCACCCCUCAGGGCUCCCCUGCACCUGGACCUGGGCCUCACCAAUCUAAACCGGAGGAGUCUAGAAGGCAGUGAGGAAGCAGCAACUGAUACCCCAGAGAAACCCCAUUCUCCACUGUAUGCUGACCCCUAUACUCCAACCUCCACCACCCACAACAAGAUCACAGAUGUCAGUAACCUGGAUGAGUUCCUGGUGGCAGCUAAGAGUUGUGUAGGCCAGGAGCCACCGAGCACCUUCCCCACUGUCCCUGUCUCCGUCCCUGUCCCUGUCCCAUCCCCCAGCUCACACCCCCUUCAGAAAAAGCCAACCCAGCAGCACUGGGAGUCUCAAAGACAUCGAGGUUCCUUCAAAGUCCGGGGAGUUGGUCCUCUGGAGUCUUCCCGAACUCGGCAGGUGAGUGGUGGCUGA